AUGCAUUCUGCUGAAAAGGUCGAAUAUUGGGAAGACAGAUAUGCAGAAAUGGAAUUGUAUUGCUUCUCCCUGGUCCGAUUGAGGCGUUCGGGGUGCCCGAGCCUGUUCGUGGAGCUGCAGCCUCCUGCCAGCAGAGGAGCAGAAGGAAGCCACGGUGGCUGCCCAGCUGGAGAAGGUGGCAAUGACUCAGGCCUGGCCUCUUGGAUCUGCUGCCAGCGUGCAAAAACCCCAGACAAUGAAUGCCCGAAAGACGAGGAAGGCCAUCUGAUUUCGGCCGUGAGCGGUGGCUGUAUCCCCCGGACACCGGGAGGAACAGGAGACCACCGCGGUGUCCUGCCGCGCACCUUCUCUGCGGUGCCGUGCCUUGCUUUCCCCGGACCCGCGUACCUGAGGCAGGGCGGCAGCAGGCAGCGCCCCGAGAAGGAGCAGCGGCGGUGCCCGUUUCCCCCCGUGCACCCCUCCGGGGCCGAGGGACCAGGAUUUCGCGAGGCUCCUUGUGCCGGCGAGACCCCGGCUCCACAUCCCCGGUUCCCGGCGGGGCAGAGCGAGGCGGGGGCAGCCGCACUACCUCGGGCUCGCUCGGAACACUCGCUCCGACCGUGUGCGGGGCCCGCCGGCUCCCCCGCCCCGUCCGCGCUGCCGGCGCCCCGCGGAGCCGGCCGGCUGCCCCCGCCCCGCCGCACCGCCCCACGCCUCCGGAGCGGGAGCCAGCGCCGCCGCCCCGCCCGCCGCCGCUGCGCGCCGGGGCAGGAGCCGAGCAGGUGGCCGCGGGCAGCGCCGCGGCAUGUGAGCGGCCCCCGGCCCUCGGGAAGGCAGCACCGGCCUCCGUCCUGCGGUGCCCUCCCUUCCCCGCGCCUCGCCGGGCCGGCCGCGAAGCCGGGGCGGAGGCAGGGCGCCCGCAGCGGCAGCCCGGCGGCGGCCGGGGGCUGA